AAUAUUUUCAAACCCGGAUGAUUAUAUUUCCACAGUAAAGAAAAAUCAGAAAGGAUGAAUUUCAAAUAUUCGAUAUUAUUCAUAUGUUUUGUGAAAGUGUUAGAUAAUUGUUACGCGGCUGAUGAUUUGACCACCCUGAGAAAUGGUACCUUGGACAGAGGCAUCACUCCGGAUUGUACUUUUAAUGAGAAAGAUAUUGAGCUACACGUUUACUCAAGGGAUAAACGAAAUGGUAUUAUUCUUAAGAAAGAAAUUUUAAAGAAUUACGAUCUGUUUCAAAAAUCUCAAAUAUCACAUCAAAUUGCAAUUCUUAUACAUGGUUUCCUUUCAACUGGGAAUAACGAAAAUUUCGAUGCAAUGGCGAAAGCUUUGAUAGAAAUAGAUAAUUUUCUUGUAAUUUCGGUCGACUGGAAGAAGGGUGCUUGCAAUGCUUUUGCUUCAACUAAUGAUGUUUUGGGUUACUCCCAAGCCGUUGGAAACACACGUCACGUUGGAAAAUAUGUAGCUGAUUUUACAAAAUUAUUAGUAGAACAAUAUAAAGUGCCGAUGUCGAAUAUACGAUUGAUCGGCCAUAGUUUGGGUGCGCAUACUUCAGGUUUUGCAGGAAAAGAAGUUCAAAGGUUAAAAUUAGGAAAAUAUAAGGAAAUAAUCGGGCUUGAUCCUGCUGGACCGUCUUUUCUAACGAAUAAAUGUCCAAACAGACUUUGCGAAACAGACGCAGAAUAUGUUCAAGCUAUACAUACAUCAGCCAUAUUAGGAGUAUAUUAUAACGUUGGUAGCGUUGAUUUUUACGUGAAUUAUGGAAAAAGUCAACCUGGUUGCAGCGAACCAUCCUGUUCUCAUACGAAAGCCGUGAAAUACCUGACUGAGUGUAUAAAACGUGAAUGUUGUUUAAUUGGAACACCAUGGAAGAGUUAUUUUAGCACGCCAAAACCAAUUUCUCAGUGCAAAAGAGACACCUGUGUUUGCGUUGGACUGAACGCUCAAAGUUAUCCUGCUAAAGGCUCAUUUUAUGUACCUGUUGAUAAAGAUGCACCUUAUUGCCAUAACGAAGGCAUUAAACUGUAAUUGUAAACAAUAGAAAAUGUAUAAAUAAUAAAUGAAUAAAUGAACAGUCAAA